UUGACACUUGAAGUUUGACACAUCGCUACCAAAAUAUUUUGUCAAAUAUCAACACAAAUACGAAACACGAAUUUUGUUCAAGUUAUUGAGUCACAUCAAUUAUAAUUUUUAAAAUGCCUCCCGACUCAACAUUGUUGAAAAUAUACGAUAAAAUCACCAUCGGGAAGUGUUCCUACUGCUUCCUUUGCUUCAGAACCGAGUCGGAAAGUAAACUAAAGGUCCCUCAGCCUUUUUUGAAGUCGACGACUUCACUCAGUACGCUGGGAAAUAUUACUAAUACGCCACCACGCAUAUGCUAUAUGUGUGAGAGACUCGCGAUAGCAGCGGCCAAGUUCCGUAAGGCUGUAUUCUUCGCCAAGUCAAUAGACAUGCUGUUCAAAGGCAUGAUGCAGUCAAGCAAGUACCAGAGCGAGGUCCGCAGGCUGCUGAAGAGGGAUGAACCUGUCGAUCCUGUGGAAUUUGAUCGACAUCGAAUGUUGUUCGUAGACGAACUAGAGUUAACAUCAUACAGGAAGACGAUGCAGCUGCAGCACACCGACGUAGUCGUUAUAGACAGCCAGGACGUCUUCACAACCGACCCAAACACAACGAUAACGAAGCUCGGGGACUCGUGCGAGCAAACACAACCAAUACCGGACACCAUAGAUAUAACUGAAGACACCAAUAGCAGCGAAACGGACAUACCUACCAAUGUUACCACUACACCAACAGACGAUGUGAUAAUACUAGAAGACGACGCGUCGAACACCAAAACACGAACAAGAUCAUGCGAAUUUGAUCCCAAAAAAGAUUACAAAAGGGCGAAGAUCAAAGACAAAACCCACGAAGAGAUCAAAGAGACACCCAAAUUGGUGCCGAUGAACAAUUUGAUGCCCGAAACUGAGACGAUAGGAUAUCUACAUCCAAUAAUAAGGCAAUCAGACGGAAAACAAGUAGUGCCAACAUUAUCAGCUCAUAUCAUAAACGGACAGCUACUCUUCCAGGAUAAAGAAAUACUCCCAAAACCAUUGGUAAUAGAGAAUAACACAAUUCUGGUGCCGACUACGAAUAAUUUUAACUCUAUAGAUGAAUUAAUUCCGAAUAAUGAAAACAUAGUGGUGUUAAAUGAUGAGACAGCUGUAAUGGAAGUCCAAGAUAUAGUAGACAAGAUAGUGGUGGAAAGACUUGAUGAUAUUGAAAGGCAGCGUGUGGUGAAGAGUUUGGAAGGCAAGCAGUUGAGGCAGGUGGUAGUGGAUGAUGAAAAUAAGGUGGUUAAAGAACCGUUGAUGAAGACGGAUAGGAUAGACUGGGAGGACAAGAUACCAAUGGAUGUUAUAUCGUUUAUGGACGCAACAGAUCCGAACCCGCCGAGUUACAUCAAGCCGCUGAUGCCCUCGGGGGCCAUUUCCAACGUGAUGUCACUCAAGGACAAACCUAAGAGUCAAAUCAAAGAGGAGGUUAUUGAUUUGUGUUGAGGCCGUGUUGGACAGGGCCGUGGUGUUUAGGGUUCUAGGUAGGGUUGCCAACCUUACUAUGAUAUAUAGUAUUGUACUAUAUUUUGAGUAUGAGUCUUGGAGAAAUAUAUAAUAUUAUUAAAACUUACGCGAGACAUAUUAAAUUAGCCGAAAACAACACGGUUUUACUCACGUUUAAAAAGUAGUCGGAAUCACUGAUCAGUGAUCGAGAGGCCUCCGCGACGCGACGUACUCUUAGCACUCUCCCCUGAGGAUGACCUACUUAAUAGGUCGAAACUGGUCGGCGAUUCCGACUACUUUUUAAACGUGAGUAAAACCGUGUUGUUUUCGAGAAAUAUAUAGUAUGCAAAAAUACUAUAUUUUUAACAUCUCAAUCCAAUAAACAAAUACUUCAUUUUAAAAACAUAUGAUGCUCCUUUACAUUCUCUUUUGAGUGAAGGGACAGCGUGUUUACGAAUUUUUAUGGAAAUAAAUGAGUAACAAAUAUAUAUUUGUCUAA